AUGCACGGCGGAAGACAUGAGAACUACGGCCCCUCAGGAGGCAUGGGCGGCGGUAUGAAUGGCAACUACGGAGGUGGCCGUGAUAACUACUCUGGCGGCAGCGGCGGCAUGGGCGGCGGCUACGGAGGUGGCCGUGAUAACUACUCUGGCGGCGGCGGCGGCAUGGGAGGCGGUUACGGCGGAGGCCGCGACGACUACGGCCACGGCAGCCAUUCCAGCGGCGGCAACCACAACAGUAACAGCGGCAGCAGCGGCGGCGGUCUCCUCGGCGGCCUUAUGGGCGGCGGCAAAGACAAGAAGGAGGAGAAGCACGGCGGCAGCAAUAGCUUCACCGACAAGCUCAUCGAUGGCGCCGCUUCGAUGGCCAAGAAGAAGUUCUGA